UCAAAAAACUUUCUUAAAGAAAGACCUGCCAGAGAAAUGAGGACCUGGCAUUAACAUCAGGAAGGUAUCUCUUCUCAAAGCUUUGGAAGUAAAAAACCCAAGACAAAACACACAAGUAUCCCUAUUAUAUUCAUUAAAUGAGGAUAAGCAAUUUCAUUAUAGUCUUCAUCAGGCUGCCAACAGACCCGAUGAGAAAUCAUCUGAGACAGACUGAAACAGGGAUUCAAAGCAAAAAACCCUCUUACUGUAUGCUUCUUUGUCAUCUUCCAUUUGCAGCUGAUGAAGAUCCAAGAUUAGACCUGGAGAGACUGGGCAGCCUAGGAAGCACUUCCCUGCUUCAGUUCCUGCCAGAGCUCUUGGGCACACUGACUGAAGACAAUAAAGGAGGUCUUAGCCCCAGCAGCUACAACCCAAGGGAAAAUAUCAAAGAGACUUUCUACGGAAAUCAUCCUCGAAUUGCUUUGCUGGGCCGCUUCUUGACCAAGGAUAGGAAACAGUACAAGAAACGUGGGAAUCUUUCCGAGUGCUUCUGGAAAUAUUGUGUGUAAGCAGGAGAAGAAAGUCCCCCUGACUUUGGUUGUGUAAUUUAUACAGAUGUCUGAAAACAUGUUUAUAGAUUUGCUUUUGAUUUGAGAAUGAAGAAACAUGAAGACAGCUCCUAACUUUACAUUCUAUGCUACUUGGAAAUUAAUAAAUUCUUGAUGUUUUGCAAUGA